UGCGCAGCUUGGCCAAAGCGAAAGUGGCCUCUGCUCCUUCUACCCGCUUCCCGGGCGCCCCAGGGACUGGCUAAGACAAGUCCCUUGGUGCCACGGAGCCAGACGGGGAGCUGGAGCUGGGCCUGUGAGUGGGUCCCAGCAAGUUCCUGGUAGGGAGAGAGUGCCGGCGAGCGGCAGGCCCUCGGAGUCGGGAGAGCCGAGUUCGAGUUGGGUCCUGGUUGGGAGACCCUGCGGGUGGUCCAGAAGGAUGGGAAGCCCCUGUAGGAUGAAACAUAAAGUUUUGGAAAGCCCUUUGGGAAAGAUAGAAAUCUCUGGAUGUGAUGCUGGAGUGCAUAGAAUAAGACUUCUGGAAAAAAUAUUCCCGAGGCCUGGGAGCCGCCAAGGCAGUGUCGAGGCCUCCUUUCCUAGGGAAGGGCUCCAGGGCCCCAAGGAAGUGACCGCAGAGCUGGACAAGUGUGCUGCCUGGCUGGAGGCCUAUUUCUGUGCACCAGAGACUGUGGAGGGCCUCCCCCUGCCUGCCUUCCAUCAUCCCUUUUUCCAGCAAGACUCCUUCCGCAGGCGGGUGCUGUACAAGCUGAUGACGGCCGUGAAAGCCGGGGACACCGUGUCCUACGGGCAGCUCGCGGCCCUGGCGGGGAACAGUCGGGCCGCCAGAGCUGUGGGGGGCGUCAUGAGGCACAACCCGGUCCCCAUCCUCAUCCCGUGCCACCGAGUGAUCUGCAGCAGCGGAAAGACGGGCCACUACACGGGCGGAGCCGGCGCGAGCGCCAAGGAGUGGCUGCUGGCGCACGAGCGGCGCCUGAAGGGCGAGGGGGCCCGCUGAGGCGCGGCCCAGCGCCGCCCCGCCUGGCAGCCGGACCCCCGCGCUUCCCAGGCAGCUGACGCCUCGGGGACGGCGAGGCUGGACAAGCAGGCGGGCUCCGGCAGCGGCGCCUGGACUGGCUUCCCAUCUCCAGCCCCGCUUUUGCUCUACUGUUGUGCCCGUUGCACGGCGCGCGGACCAGGAAGCGGCCCGGCCCCGCUUCCUGUUGGUGCUGCCCUCGGCCUCUCCCCGCCCCCUCCAGGGCCCCGCUUUGGGGCGAAUAAAGCUCUCUGGCCGCCCCCUCC